CCAACGUAAGACAGACCACACACAGACCCACACACAGCCUGAGAGAGACGGGGAGACACUCGCCGCCAUUGUGGUGCUAGUUUCUGGGAAUCUCAUCAGCCGCGAACUGUAAAUAAAGUCACGCAUCUACUUUAAAGCGAGAUUUAAUACCAGCUAAAGCAGCUAGACAUCUUGGUGAGAUGAUCAAGCGAUGGAUCUAUGGAUCCCUGCAAACAUAUCCUUGGUCUGCAUUUGGAUGACGUAGCGUGCUCAUCAUGAACACCAGCUGCAAUGAAACCUUACCGGGAAACGGCACAGACGUGGGAGACAGCUGGGCCCGGAUCGUGGAGUCUGUUGUCAUAUUAGCCAUUGCCUUGUUUGUCUGUCUGGGUAAUUUACUUGUUGUGUUGACCCUUUAUCGGAAGCCCUACCUCUUAACGCCAAGCAACAAGUUUGUCUUCAGCCUGACGCUUUCUAACCUGCUGUUGUCUAUACUGGUGCUGCCAUUUGUCGUUGCCAGCUCUCUUAAUGGAGAAUGGCUGUUCGGAGUUGUAUGGUGCAACUUCACGGCACUGUUAUAUCUGCUCAUCAGCUCUGCCAGCAUGCUCACGUUGGGAGCCAUCGCCAUUGACAGGUACUAUGCUGUGCUGUUUCCGAUGGUUUACCCUAUCAAGAUCACAGGGAAUCGUGCAGCAGUGGCCAUUGUCUACCUGUGGCUUCAUUCUCUGGUGGGCUGCCUGCCUCCUCUGUUCGGCUGGUCCACGUUUGAGUUUGACAAUUUCAAGAAGACAUGCACUGUGGCCUGGUAUCGUGAAGUCAGCUACACUGCAUUCUGGGUUGUGUGGUGCUGCCUGAUUCCACUGUUUGCCAUGCUGGUGUGCUAUGGCUUCAUCUUUCGUGUGGCACGGCACAAAGCUCGCAAGGUGCACUGUGGGACGAUUGUGGUUGUUGAAGUACCCGCGUCCUCCAACAGGAACGGACGAAAAAACUCCACCGCCUCGGUUUCUUCCGUCGGGAGUCGUAGAGGUUUGAUCUACGCUGGGAGUCAGUGUAAAGCACUGGUCACCAUUUUGGUGGUGGUCGGCACCUUCUUGAUGACAUGGGGGCCGUAUGUGGUGGUGAUCUGCACCGAGGCGGUUUGGGGGCGAGGAAGUGUGUCUCCUGGACUGGAAACGAUGGUGACUUGGCUGUCCUUUGUCAGUGCUGCCUGUCAUCCUCUCAUUUACGGGCUGUGGAAUAAAACUGUAAGGAAAGAGCUGCUUGGCAUGUGCUGUGGGGACCGCCACUACCGGGAAUCAUUCAUUAGUCGCCACAGGAAGUCACGCCUCUUUAGCAUCUCCAACCGAAUCACAGAUCUCGGCAUGUCUCCACACCUGACGGCCAUGUUGGCUGGUGGAGGCCAGCUUUUAGGUGCCGGUAGUAGCACAGGAGACACUGGCUUCAGUUUUUCCCAGGACUCAGGUACAGAUAUCAUGUUGCUGGAUAACUGUUCUGAGGAAGCAGAAAGCUCACACUGCAGUGCUUUAUUCAACAAGCACAGGAGUUCAGUAAUGUUUGAGGACCAAGUGGAACAGCAGGCUAAAGUUGAUAAGGAUGAGUCUCAGCACCUGGUGAAGGCGGAGAUACACCAAGUGAUUGACAUCUUUGCAUCCAGUAUGGCAAAAGCCAUAGAGUGCGAUGCCAAAUUUCUGCUGUUCGGUACGGAGUCUCUGACUGACAACAUUUCAUCGGUUCAGCCCGCUCACUUGAGGGGCUCGCUCGACCCAGAUGGCCAGAGGGUCCGUCUGGAGAGCAUCGAUGAGGGAAUCGUUAAAGAUGAAAAGGGUGAAGACGACGAGGAUGAAAUUGAGGAAAUAUGUGCAUAAAUAAAUCUGCAUAUGGGUGAUAUCUGAUUUUGGUCUGUAUUGUUCUCGAUGAAGCACAUAUUCUGACUGUGUAUUGUGGAGGCCAAAAAUCUCCAAGGUUCACGGUGCCAUGAUAUUUCUACGAAACUCCUAGAAAAAGCUAAAAAAAAAGUCAGUUUAAGCUCUUUAAAGGAGUAGUUCACUUUAAAAAAAAGCCUUUGCUUAUA